AUGCCCAGCGAAGGUGAUGAGUAUUUGCGAAACGGUGAAAACCGUAUAUCCAGUCCCGUUUAUGAAGAAAAGAAAAGCAAACUACAUUGUGAAAGUCCUGACCUAAAUGGUCAAUCAACAAGAGUCUUAAAUGAAGGAGAUUCAGAUGAAAAUCCACCUCCUGUGGUUAUACUACCCAAAGAAUUGAACAAAAUUGCAUCGUUUUCAGCUCUUGUUCCAUCACUUAAACCAUCAUGUGUAUACAGGCAGUUGGAUGAUCAAAUUUCAUCAGAAUCGAACGUCCCCAGUGUAGUCAAGCGCUACUUUGAUGAGUUCGGCUUUCGAAUAGACGAUUUAGAAGGAAGCCCUCCAUGCCCAUUCAUUGAAUCCUCCGCUAAUCGACGUGCUUGGCUAACCUGCUUAGAAUUCUCACAUACCCACACAUUGGGUGUGUCAAAUCUAGAUGAACAUGAUACCAGAUAUAGUUCAGUUGGAUCGACUGUAGAUGAAGACGAAGAUCAGUUGUGGUCCAGAGUACAUUCACGUUUAGUUCAAUCACCGAGAUUAUCAGAACUUGUUAGAGGACAGGCUUCAGACGUAGAAGCCCUGGCUAAACCUGAUGAACAGCUUGGUAUCCCACAUUCUCUUCGACCUCAUAUAUGGCCUAGACUUACCGGAGCUUUACUAAAAUCAAAACAGUCCAAACAACGUGUCCCUUCUGUCACAUACACAGAACUAGUUCAACUCAGCUCUACGGAUACACUUUUGGCUGGGAUUCAAAUUGAAAAGGAUCUUUUCCGUACAAUGCCGAACAACCUGUGUUUUCAUUCUUCCAACUCCACUGGUAUUUCACGACUGCGUCGAGUUUUACGUGCUUUGGCUUGGCUCUAUGUAGAUGUUGGUUAUUGUCAAGGUAUGGGAUUGAUAGCCGCCAAUCUGCUUUUAUGCUUAGAAGAAGAAACAGCAUUUUGGAUGAUGUGCAGUAUUAUUGAAGACCUCUUACCCCCAUCAUAUUUCUCAUCUGUCAGUUUAUUGGGUGUGCAAGCUGACCAGCUUGUAUUGAAUCACUUACUUCCAUUCUACCUACCAGAAUUAGAUGCAUUAUUAAAAGAAUAUGAAAUAAGUCUACCUCUUAUCACACUCCAAUGGUUUCUUACACUUUUUUCAAGUGUAUGUCCUACUGCCUUAACAUUUCGAAUAUGGGACUUAUUAUUUUAUGAUGGUUCAAUUGUUCUAUUUCGUAUCGCCCUAGCACUUCUAGCCCAUAAAAAUAAUGAAAUUUUAAGCUUGGAUAAUUCAUCCCAAAUCUUCCAUUGUCUUUCGAAUGCACCAGGAUCAGUAACUGAUAUAAAUGAAUUGAUCAAAAUCGCUUACAGUUUGGAUGAAGAGCACUUGGAGCCAUCAAACAUAAGUAGUCUCAGGCGUCAUUAUUUAGCCCAGCUUAUGGUUGAUGAAGGCACUGUCUUGAAACCAGAUUCCCGUCCAAAUUUGCCCAAACAGUAUUUAGCUAAGCGACAAUUUCAACGACCUAAAUCCCUGUUCGCCACAUUGUUUGCAUCUGUAGCAUCGAAUGCGCAAUUAUAUCGCCGAAUAACUGGUAUGGCGGUACCAUUUCAAUAUCCCAUUGCUUAUCAUGAGAUAUCAUCUUCGUCGUCAUCAUCGGCGCGUUGUAAACCUACUUAUGUGAAUGUUAGCUUACAUGAAGGCAGCUUAGAAGCAGAUGAUCCGAAACUGAAAAAUGUACACCAAACAGAAAUACUUGUAGAAUUAAAACAUUCUAUUCAGUUGAUUGUACGCCAUUUCCGAACAAAUGACCCAGAACAACAUGGCAACGCUACUGCACAUGCUGAUUAUUCAAUGGAAAGUCACAAAUUAGACCUCGAUUCCUAUGUACAGGUUGUACAACAUCGUCGACGACGUGCUAAGGCGCUGAUUGAUUUUGAACGUUUUGAGAUCGAUGAACUGGAGUUUCACAAAAAUGAUAUAUUGACCAUAAUUAAUUCAAAUGAUGAACAUUGUUGGAUUGGUGAGUUGAAUAAUCAGCGUGGUUGGUUUCCUGCUAAAUUCGUUGAAUUGUUAGAUGAACGUGGAAAAAAUUAUUCAUCCGCUGGUGAUGAUGGUGUAGAUAAGUCGAUUGUUGGUCUUGUACGUGGCAGUCUUUGUCAUUCUCUUGGAGCUGUAUUUUCUCAUGGAUUAAAGCGACCACGUUUGCUUGGAGAUGCUGGUUGUCAUCCAUGGCAUUUUAUUGAAGAAGCUGCAGCUAAAGAAGUGGAAAGAGACUUUUCUUCUGUGUAUUCACGUUUGGUAUUGUGUAAAACCUUUCGACUAGAUGAAGAAGGGAAAGUACUUAGUCCAGAAGAAGUGUUAUACAGAACUAUUCACAGCAUAAAUAUGUCUCACGAUCUGGCCAAUGCUCAUAUGGAUAUCAAAUUUCGUUCACUCAUUUGUUGUGGCUUAAAUGAGCAACUAUUACACUUAUGGUUCGAAAUUUUAUGUUCAUCUGUAAAAGUAGUCAGCAAAUGGUAUCAUCCUUGGUCAUAUUUACGCAGUCCUGGAUGGGUACAAAUUAAAUGCGAACUACGCGUACUUAGCCAGUUUGCUUUCCACUUAUCACCAACAUACGAACUAAACAAUCGACAAAAUAUGCUUAAUAUUCAACAAAAUGGCAUUACUGGGCCUAAUUCAUUUGUCUCAUCUUCAGACAUCCUAACUCGUCGGAUAAAUAAGUCUAGCUCAAAGUUAUUAUCUAUAAUGGGUAAUCUGUCAGAAUUACACAAGGUGAAACCCUUACAACGGUUAAUGACCGCCUCGUCCGUAGUUGAUCCAAUGAAUGACCCACCUAGUUUAUCACUGUCGUCAACUCUCAUAGCGAAUGAUGAAAACUCAAAUGAAACAACAGCAAUGGACAAUAACGUGGCCAGUGCUACUGGAACAGGAGCUACUGGAGAUAUGUUAGUCAAGUAUCAUCUGUUCAGCUGGGAAAUGUAA